ACUACUCUACGCUUUACGGCAGCCGGUUGUCAGUUGCUGCAUGUGGCACCAUGUGAGUGCGGAAUAACAGAGAAUGGGGAAGAACUGAAUGUAUUCUGCAAGCUUUUCAGUGUUUGAUAAACGACCACAUAAUAGUAUCUCGUCAGGCAGCUCUUUUGCAUGUUAAAGCGCUUAUACAUAUAUGUUUUUGUGAUUUAGCCUUUUGGCGAAGUGUAAGUGUGCGUUCCGGUGUCACCUGUGGUUUAGAGAUGUUGUAUUUGAUCGGUCUUGGUCUGGGCGAUUGUAAAGACAUCACUGUUAAAGGUUUAGAGAUCGUCCGGCAGUGUAGUCGUGUUUAUUUGGAGGCUUACACGUCCAUACUGACCGUCGGGAAGGAAGCUUUGGAGGAGUAUUAUGGGCGCGAGUUGCUGCUGGCUGACAGAGAUAUGGUGGAACAACAAGCGGAUGAGAUCCUGAAGGGAGCAGAUGCCAGUGAUGUGGCGUUUCUAGUGGUUGGUGAUCCUUUUGGAGCUACGACCCACAGCGACCUGGUUCUGCGAGCGUUGAAUGCUGGGAUACAGUAUCGCGUUAUUCACAAUGCCUCCAUCAUGAACGCAGUGGGCUGCUGUGGAUUGCAGCUGUACAACUUCGGGGAGACGGUGUCCAUUGUGUUUUGGACGGACACAUGGAGACCUGAAAGCUUCUACGAUAAGAUCAAGAAGAACAGGGAUAUGGGCCUGCACACGCUGUGCCUGCUGGAUAUCAAAGUCAAAGAGCAGUCCAUGGAGAAUUUAAUGAGGGGUCGAAAGAUUUACGAGCCUCCCAGGUACAUGACUGUCGCUCAGGCAGCUGAACAACUCCUGGAGAUACUACAGAACCGACGGGAUCGGGGCGAGGAACUGGCAAUGACUGAAGACACAGUGUGUGUUGGUCUGGCUCGGGUCGGAGCCGAGGACCAGACCAUCCGUUCUGGGACACUGCAAGAGUUGGCAUCCAGUGACCUGGGAGGACCACUUCACUCAAUGAUUAUCAGCGGACACCUUCACCCUCUGGAGGUGGACAUGUUGAAACUCUUCAGUGGUCCUGAGGGAUUGAAGACCUUGAAGAUGACCGAUAGUUCCACAUACGUUUCUUGAUAUCCAAGAAGCUUGUGCUCCUCAAGAAAAAAAGUUCCCUUUCCAGUGCUCCUGGGGUUUUUUUAAAAGGAAAAGCGGACAAGCCGGUCCACGUGAGAGCCUGAAGCUGCCGGAGGGUCAGGAGAGCACGCAAAUGACAUAAUUGUUAUUCCAGAUCAAAUUUGACCACUUUUAACCUUUAAGCACCGGUCAGGCCAGGGUUGCAUUUCAUUACAAGAUUUAGAUUGGGAGUGGGAUGAUUAUUUUGACGUGUGGCAGUCAUGUUCUUGCUGUCAAAAAAGUAAAUGAUGGAAUUAUAAUAGAGGAAAUGGAAAAGGUUAUUGUGGACCAACUGCAUCUGGGUUGCAUUAGUGCCUCUGAAAUUGAGCUUUCUUCGAAAUUGGCAUAAUGUUUCCGUACCAAGAGCCUUUCUUAAUGGAACUUUCUCAGUAAGAAUGUAAAUAAGAUAAAAGCAAAUACUGAGAUUCCUUUGAGCAUGUCAUAAUGGAUGAAGAUUGAUUUUCGUACAUUAAAGACACUCAUUUCAGCGCCACUGAUCACAUCAACGCCCUACAUGUGGUUUGACUGUUUUCAUCUACAUCUGUGGUUUUGUUUGUAGUCUCUCAUUUCAUUUCUGUCAGCAUGAAUUGCAUAGAAAGUGAACAAAGCUAUUGUCAGAAAGUAGUCUGCCUCUGUCUGCCUUAUUUAUACACAGACAAAUUUGAGUUCACGUGUUGCAUUUAGAGAUGAUUGGGUUUACAGAUCUGCAUCUGGUUUAUACUGCCGUCGAAGUACAAAGCCCAAGAUUCACCAACUUUCAUUAAACAUUUACUGGUUCAAGUGAAGGACCUUUGACAAAAAACUUAAGUUCUUGUCUAUAUGUAAUAAGACUUUGUUUUAAGAAUAUUAUACAUUUUCUAACAUCCGAAUAUUCUUAAAGGGGUCAUGACAUGAGAAAUCAAAUUUCCCUUGAUCUUUUGAGGUCUUUGUAUGCUUAAUACAUCCUGCAAGUUUCAUAGCGUAAAAUGUACUCAUCAUCAAUAAAAAAGCAUUUUUAUGUAAAAAACCUCAGAAAACGGCUCGUUUGGAUCUGAGGUGCUAGAUGACGUCACAGGGGCUCGGUCAUUUGCAUAAAGACUGCCUCAAAGACAUCGACGAAUAGUCUUCUCACCAUACAAUAGGCCCCGCCCACUGGUGUUCAGUCGCUUAACGGCUGACACUUGAUUACGCUGAAUGCAAGUGUUGCAUCGCAUCGCGUCAAAAGCAAAUAGAAAUUACAAUCACUGCCACUAUCUUCUCUACACUGGAUACAGUAUACAGAUGCACGUUCACUUCCACGUGAUUGAGUCUGUCGUCAGUAGGACAAAUGGGGUGAAAGAACAUUCCCUUUGAUGCGUUUUGGUUUAAACAGCUUGUUCACGUCUUUGUACAGAUAUAAGAAGGAGCCCAGCUUAAGGAACAAGUGGAUAGUUUAUUUUUAAUGGCAUCCCUGAUUGUGUCUGAGGAUUGGUCGGACCAUUUUGUUUUGUAAACGAGGCACAGUGUCAUGGAGAGUUCACAAAGAAGCAUUUGUUGAAAGAGAUCUGACUGCAGCUGCAUCACAAACCAUAAGUAAAUGAUUUCAUAUUGCUUUGUCUGGAAAUGACCAUUUUAUUUUUCAUCAUGUCAAAUCAUUCACAUGCAAUAGCGAGGGGGCGUUGAUACGGUUUCCUAUGCAAUGACGUUAGCCAUUCAUAACAAUGGCCAAUUACUGACCAGCUUUAAAGGGUCUGCCCCUUAAAAACGGGUUGUUUUAGACAAAGGGUCAAAAUUAGGGUUGAAAAUAUUUUUUUAUAAAAAAAUUUUGUUCAAAAAACUUGUACAUAUUAACAAGGAACAAAUAAACCUCAAGGAACAUUAAAAUAAUAAUAAUUUAAAAAAAGCAUGUCAUGACCCCUUUAAGAUAUUUGCUUGUGCUAUAAGUGUGGUCCUACUUUGUCAUAUUUUUUUGCAGAACACUUUUAUAUUUUCCACCUAGCAUUAUUCUAAGAAGUAACAGGUUGAAACUGGUUAUGUGAUAAAAUUCUCAAGAAUAUCCUGUGUUUCUCAAAGAAACAUGGUUUAUUCUUACAAGUUAAAUUUCAGUGUUAAAAGUGUCUUUACCCUACCUAUCUGUAAACAAUGAAUAUUUUCUCUAUUUCUAUGUAUAUGUAUAUAUAUAUAUACAGGUGCUGGUCAUAUAAUUAGAAUAUCGUCAAAAAGUUGAUUUAUUUCACUAAU